CGGCAUUUAGAGGUUGUCGUUGAUUUGAGACCUCAUGAUGGCUGACGGUUUUCCAACUUCCAAGAAGACUGACAAAAUCUUUGGUAAGGUAAGCAGCAGGAUGUCGAGAAUCCGAAGCAUGAUGUCGAAUCUGGAUUUGCGGACGUCCGUAGUGUUGUUUUUGUUGCUUCCGUCAGCGGUUGCCGGAAUCUACUUUCACGGACAGAAAGUCACCUACUUUUUAAGGCCGUUAUGGCAGUCUCCACCGAAGCCUUUCAUUCACAUCCCUCACUACUAUCAUCAAAACGUAUCAAUGGCUUCUCUAUGCCAACUUCAUGGUUGGGAGCUUCGCGAUUAUCCCCGGAGGGUAUUCGAUGCCGUCUUGUUUAGUAACGAGAUCGACAUGCUUACGAUUAGAUGGAAAGAGGUCUACCCUUAUAUCACUCAAUUCGUUCUUCUCGAAUCCAACUCAACGUUCACGAGUAUGCCCAAACGCCUCAACUUUGCACUCAAUCGGGAAAGGUUUGAUUUUAUCGAGUCGAGGUUGACUUACGGCACGAUUGGUGGGAGGUUUCGGAAGGGCGAAAACCCGUUUAUCGAAGAGGCUUAUCAACGCGUUGCUCUCGACCAGCUUCUAAGAAUAGCUGGGAUUGAAGACGAUGAUCUUUUGAUCAUGUCGGAUGUUGACGAGAUUCCGAGCGCGCAUACCAUCGAUCUUUUGCGAUGGUGUGAUGGCCCUCCGCCAGUCGUUCAUCUGAAUUUGAACAACUAUUUGUACUCUUUCGAGUUCAAUUUGGAUCAUAAAAGUUGGAGAGCUUCCGUUCAUCAAUAUCGAAAGGGUAAAACAAGAUAUGCUCAUUAUCGGCAGAGCGACUACCUAUUGGCGGACUCGGGAUGGCAUUGUAGUUUCUGCUUUAGAGAGAUCAGUGAUUUUGUGUUCAAGAUGAAAGCCUAUAGUCAUACCGAUAGAGUGCGAUUUUCUCAUUAUCUCGACCCAGAAAGGAUUCAGGAUGUGAUUUGCAAUGGUAAGGACUUGUACGAUAUGCUUCCCGAGGAGUACACUUUCCGGGAGCUCAUCGGGAAGAUGGGUCCCAUCCCUCAUUCAUAUUCGGCAGUUCAUCUCCCUAUGCAUCUGUUGAACAAUGCUGAAACAUACAGUUAUCUUUUGCCCGGAAAUUGCAUCCGAGAAGAUGGUUGAGUUUUCCGGUGCCCCGCCCUGCUUAUUUUAACUUGAAGCGUCCAUGGAUUCAGGGGUGUUUACUUGUACAUUAUCGUCCCCCCAACACCGCCAUGCCACCACCACGGUUAGCGGU